AUGGCACUGUCGAGUGACCAACAGGCGGAGCUACAGCUGCAACUCCAACAAGCGGUCCAGGCCUGCAACGAGCGGUGCCUCUACUUUGCGGCGAAAUGGACCGCAGAACUGCUGAAUUCCCUCGAAACGACCAGCAAUGAUCCCGACACUUCAGACACCGAAAUCGACGAAGACGACGUGCAGUCACCAGUGCAGCCCACCAACCAUGACCGGAAGGAGGCGAGACUGGAGGCGAAGGAACUGCCCCGAUAUCUGAUGGCCAAGUCAUUCUUCGACUGCCGAGAGUUCGAUCGCUGUGCUGCGGUGUUCUUGCCGACCCAAGUCCCCCACAGCACUCCUUCACACCAGCCACUCUCACCUUCCAGAAUACAGAUCCAGGGGACGCCAGGCAAACACAGACGGAACCCAUCGUCAUUCUCAGCGACAUCAAAAGCUCCCAAAGUCCAAGCCCCGCCAUUGCCGAAGCAUCUAAGCCAGAAAUCGCUCUUCAUAGCUUUGUAUGCGAGGUAUCUGUCGGGCGAGAAGCGGAAGAAUGAAGACUCAGAAACUAUCCUCGGACCCCACGAUGGCCCCGCUACUGCGAACAAGGAAGUGUCUGGAAUUGGGGCGAUCCUCGAAGAGUACUUCAACGCGCGAGGUGGGCUAGAAGACAUGACCAAUUCUCAGGGCUGGUUAGAUUACCUUUACGGCAUCAUUCUCAUCAAGUCCAAAUCAGAACUUCUCGCAAAACAGUGGCUUCUACGAAGCGUCAACAUCAACCCUUUCAACUGGUCUGCUUGGCUUGAGCUGGCAUCUCUCGUUGAAUCAGCAGACGAACUCCAGCAGAUGGGCCAGCAUCUUCCUCGCAACGUCAUGGCCUUCUUUUUCCACAUCCACUGCAGCCAGGAGCUCUUCUUGCAGGAACCAGAAGUCUACAAUACCAUCGCUCAGAUGCAAGCCAUCUUCCCACGAUCGCCGUUCCUCCAACAGCAGAAAGCACUAUUACUCUACCAUGCGCGAGACCACGCCACAGCGAUAGACAUUUUCGACAAUCUCAUCCGCACUCAGCCACAUCGUCUCGACGGGAUGGAAAUUUACAGCAAUCUUCUCUACGUGCUUGAUAACCGACCAAAACUUGCGACACUGGCUGCCAUGGCGACCGAUACCGACAAGUUCAGGCCAGAAACCAACUGCAUUCUUGGUAACUACUACAGCUUGAUCGCCGAGCACGAGAAAGCGGUCCUCCACUUCAGAAGAGCUCUGGCCCUAGAUCGCAACUUCCAAGCCGCCUGGACGCUAAUGGGACACGAAUACAUCGAACUGAAGAACACGCAAGCCGCCAUCGAGUCUUAUCGCCGGGCUGUCGAUACAAACCGCAAAGAUUACCGCGCAUGGUACGGCUUGGGACAGGGCUACGAGAUGUUGGAAUGCCACAGCUACAGCUUGUUCUACUACCAGCGUGCAGCAUCUCUCUGCGGCGGAGAUCCCAAGAUGUGGGCAGCGGUGGGCAACGCAUACAGCAAAUGCGGCAAGAUCACGAAUGCGAUCCAGGCUUUCAAGCGGGCUCUGAUCGUGGGAAGCCAAAUGGAGGCGGCUGCCACUGCGAGUAGCUUCGGCACCUCGAAUUCAGAUCCUCUCGCACAUGCAGUAGGGGGAGCGCUGGAUCCGCAGGUAUUGUACGAUAUCGCACUGUUGUACGAGAAGGAGAGCAACUGGGAUGAAGCGGCCGCGUACAUGGAGCUUUGUCUUGCGCAAGAAGAGGGACCCGAAGAAGGCGAUGAAGGCAUGGGAGUCACGCAGAUCACAAGCCGAGCAAGACUCUGGCUGGCAAGAUGGAGUUAUAGCUGUGGAGAGUGGCAGCGGACGAUGGAGCUCGCCAACGAGCUUUGUCAGGACGGCGUCGAGGUGGAAGAGGCCAAGAGUCUUGUCAAGGACGUGAGGGCGAGGAUGAACCUUGAAGAGGUCGACGGCGAAGGAGGUGGUAGUUGA